UUCCGACAGAAUGAUAACUAUUUACUAAAAUCACAAUAUUUGGGUAGGUUCUAGAAAUCUAGAAAAAGUGUAGCUGCAUUUGCGUGAUAUACAUAACAUGCGUGUUUAAAUAUGAUUUUCGAAUUGAUUACACUGGUUCUGGCCACAACUGUAGUCUUGUCCUGGCUUAAACAAAGUAAAAGAAAAUCGUUAAAUGGAAAAGUUGUUCUGAUAACUGGCGCGAGCUCCGGUAUUGGCAAAUCCUGUGCUUUUGAGUUUUAUGCGCGCGGUGCGAAGGUUCUGUUAUGUUCAAGAAACUGUGAAAAGCUUGAAGCUGUUAAAAAAGAACUUUUAAAUGUCCGGAGAAACUGCCCCAACCCUGAAGUCCACAAACUCGAUAUUUCGGACUUCGAAACUGUGGAUUUACGCGUCCAAAACAUCGUCAAAAAUUUCGGGGACCGAGUUGACGUUUUAGUUAACAAUGCUGGGGUCGGUUACAGAGGAAAGAUAGAUUCCACAUCGGUUCAGGUUUUUCAUGAAAUCAUGAAAACCAAUUUCACGGGACAAGUAGCAAUCACGAAGGCUGUUCUGCCGUUUAUGAAGGAAAAUGGGGGAACUGUAGUUGGAAUUGGGUCUGUACAGGCUAAAAUAUCUAUCCCAUUUCGAGCGCCUUACUCCGCAGCAAAACAUGCCGGCCAAGCGUUUUACGAUUGUUUACGCUCGGAAAUGCAUAAAGACAACAUUAAUGUGUUGGUUGUGAAUCCCGGAUACGUUAAUACAAACUUAUCUUUGAAUGCUUUGCAAGGUGAUGGUAGUGUGUAUGGUAAAACAGAUGAAACCACUGCCAAGGGUUUAGAUCCUGAUUACUUGGCACAGCAAAUUGUAGAUGCUGUCGAACUCGGAAAAACUGAAAUUACCCCUGCUCCUUUCCACCACAUACUAGCAAUAUGGAUCCGUUUAAUUUUUCCAAAACUUUAUUUUUGGAUUAUGAAAAAACGGGCAAAAAAAUGUUAAUUUGAAAAUUUGAAAUUGUGCUUUGUUGUUUGUUUAGAAAAUGUUUAUUAAAAAGUAAUUUUUAUUUGUGUUAGCUUAAAUUUAAUUGUGUUUUGUGUGACUUUUUUUCGUAUUCUCAUGUACUUUUUUGUAUCAGUUUAAAUGUCUUGAUGUUAGGCUAUUAUACCAAUUAAAAACAUAAGGCCUAUACUAUCAAGUAUACAGGCGUCAAACCCAGGGUGGCAGGGUGGGCAGGCCAACCUUUAAAUUUCUGCAGCGCAAAACAGCAGCUAAAAUUAUUCUUUGUAAUUCAAGACCCCAACUGUGCAAUUUUAAAGAAUUUUCAAUUGCAAAAUUAUUCCUAAUUAAUAAUUAAAAAUUCGAACAAUUUUUCAAUUUUCUUAUUCCCAGUGUUUCCAAUAUUUUAUAAACAGUGAUGCAAUUAUGAAAUUUAAAUCGGUCAAUAAAUUAAUCUUUAUUCUUAAAUUAAUUUCGACUUUUUCCCCAUAG